UCUCAAACCUGAUAUGCACCAUCCUGGUGAUUUCAAGGCGCAAACAGAGCCGCCGCCAGACAUGAGACAUAAUUGGCCAGCUGGCCAGUCGACCUCGGCCUCAACGCUGUAGAAUCCAGAGGCAUUCACAGUCCAGCCACAAGGAGAACGUAAGUGUCUGUCGUAUGCUGAAAAGCAAGCGGUGUACAAGCCUGCCGGUGCAUACGACAUUUCUGUCUUGGUUUGGCUUGUCGUUGGCACACCACGUCAUUGGGUGUGGCGCUACCGCCAUGGUUGAGCCCAAGAGACUACAUGCCAGGAGUAUAAUAUAAUUCCCAACAAGCCCAAACUUUCUUUGUUCACACACGAAUACUUCUCUUUCGGUCAGGUCUUCCACUGUCUGCCUUCUCACCUUGAGCCCUCCAACAAGAAAAUAAACUCAUUCUUCCAAUCAGCCACACCGAAAGAAAGACAGCAAUCAUCUCAAAAUGGAGCGUUUCGUCCCCUGGGUCCACAUUGCCGCGGCCAUAUUCUCCGUCAUUCUCUUGGGAAUAAGCGCAUAUGUUGUGCACGUUACAUGGGGCCACCCGACUCCCAAUUUCAUCUUGUUCAGCUCUCUCUGGUCUCUUCUGGUCUUGGGCUAUGUGGCUAUGACACCACGAUUUGCCCCUAGACUCUUCCACGGCACCAUUUCACUGGCUCUGUUGUGGUUGACGACCAUCUUCUGGUUCGCCGGCGCAAUUGCCUAUUCGGUUUGGGCCGGAUAUCCGUAUUGCCACGGAUCAAUUUGGUGUGGCUCGAACCAGGCGGGAAUUGCCUUUAGCUGGAUUCUUUUUGUGCUCUUUACCUUCUUGGCCGUCGUCGAGACUCUCCGUUUCCGAAGGGGUUCCGUACGCACAGGGCCUGCCGUUGUUUAG